UAGUACAAAAAUGUCGGCAGCUGUUUGAACCAGCGGCACGCCACCUGACAUGGUCAGGUAUCAGUCAGCGAUUGAACACAACAAGACGUUGUAGAACAUUUCAAGUGAUGCAUAACGGUUCCGUGCUAUGGCUUUCUUACGUUUAUAACAAGUUGAAAGCUGUAUUUUCGAUUAGUACAAUUUAAGCUAACAGUCGAUAACGAACGAGCAGCUAGCACGACAGCUAACGGCAACGUCACCAGAACGGAACGAAAAUAAGAGUUUUCACCCAAACUCCAGUCAGAACGCCUGUUAGUCGACGAAGUAACACCAGCCUUAGCACAAUGAACGUCGCAAAAAGUGGUUAUCGUGUUUUCUCGGCAAACUCCUCCGUAGCAUGUACAGAGCUGGCCAAGAAGAUAACAGAGCGACUUGGAGUUGAGUUGGGAAAGUCUGUUGUCUUUCAAGAGUCUAAUAGUGAGACAAGGGUGGAUGUUAAAGAAUCUGUUCGUGGACAAACGAUCUUCAUCAUCCAGACCAUACCAAGAGAUGUCAACACAGCAAUCAUGGAGCUACUGGUCAUGGCCUACGCCCUGAAGACCUCUUGUGCAAAGAACAUCAUUGGGGUGAUCCCGUACUUCCCCUACAGCAAACAGUGCAAGAUGAGAAAAAGGGGCUCCAUAGUAUGUAAGCUGUUAGCGUCCAUGUUGGCUAAAGCAGGGCUAACACACAUCAUCACCAUGGAUUUGCAUCAGAAAGAAAUCCAGGGUUUCUUUUCUUUUCCGGUGGAUAAUUUGCGGGCCUCCCCAUUCCUGAUCCAGUACAUUCAAGAGGAGAUUCCAGAUUACAGGAACGCCAUCAUUGUGGCCAAAUCCCCAGCAGCAGCCAAGAGAGCUCAGUCCUAUGCAGAGCGCUUGCGUUUGGGUCUGGCUGUGAUUCAUGGGGAGGCUCAGUGUUCUGAGUCUGACAUGGCUGACGGAAGGCAUUCACCGCCAUGUGUGCGCAACACCACAGGGCACACGGGAUUAGAGCUGCCUUCAGGCAAACAACAAGCUCCGUUCCCUGGCAUAGAGCUUCCAAUGAUGAUGGCCAAGGAGAAACCUCCCAUUACUGUUGUUGGGGACGUGGGGGGAAGAAUUGCCAUCAUUGUGGACGACAUCAUAGACGAUGUAGGAGAUUUUGUAGCAGCCGCUGAGAUCCUGAAAGAGAGAGGCGCUUAUAAAAUUUACAUCAUGGCCACACACGGAUUACUCUCCGCUGAUGCCCCACGUCUUAUUGACGAAUCAGCCAUUGAUGAGGUGGUGGUGACCAACACAGUCCCCCACGAAGUACAGAAGCUCCAGUGUCCAAAAAUCAAGACCGUGGACGUCAGUAUGAUCCUGGCGGAGGCCAUCCGCCGGAUCCACAAUGGAGAGUCCAUGGCUUACUUGUUCCGUAAUAUUGCUGUGGACGAUUAAUGUAAAGCACAGAGGUGGGUCGAGUGUGAUUUUUUUUUUUUUUUUUUUUUUUUUUUUUUUUAAAGGCUUUCCUGCUCCUUCUAGUACACUACUGUGAUACAAAUUUAAAAAUUCCAUUGCAACAACUAUCUAAAUCAUUGUCCAAGUGUACAUAAUUACGUUUCCCCUUUUUUUGGCAACCGAAAAAUCUCAAAUGGUGUUUAAAAAAAAAAAAAAAAGCUUCGUGAUUUUUUUUAAUCGUGCCUGAAUAAAGAUGAAGUAUAAUUCUUAA